GACAUCACUCUGUCGCCGUGACGUCACCACCCUCCUCAUUACCCCAAAUACCCGCGGAAGCCCCGCCCUCUUCACCCCUUGACGUCAUCACGCGCCGCGCGGCGCCGCGCUCUUCGAUUGGCUGCCACGCUCUCGGCGGCGGCGGCGCCAAGAUGGCGGCGGAGCGCGCGGAUGCGGCGGCGGCGGCCGGGCCGGGGGAGCCCCUGAGGGACCCCCGAGCUCCCGAGCGCUCCCCGUACGCGGGAUGGGCCCACCCCGAGCUCCAGGCUACGCUCGCCGGCAUCGGAGCCCCCGCGCAGGGGACCCGUGAGGAGCUCCUGGAGCGGCUCCAGGCCUACACCCUGCAGACCGGGAUCGUGCUGAGCCGGCCGGCGCUGCGCCCCGAGGAGGGGGACAAGGCCCCGCCCCCCCAGCUGCCCCCAGCGCUGCCCCUGCAGCACCCCCUGGUGCCCCCCCCGCCCCCCCCGGGGCUGGGGCUCGGCUUCGGCCUGGGGGGGCCCGUGGGGGGGGGGCCCGUGGGGGGGGUCCCGGUGCCGCCGCCGCCCCCCCCCGCGGGGCUCAGCGAGGAGGAGCGGCUGACGCUGGCACAGCAGCAGGCGGCCAUGCUGCUGCAGGAGGAGAGGGCGCAGGGCCAGCACCCGUUUGGAGACAAGGCCAAGGAGCAGGAGCUGCUGGAGCAGCAGAAACGGGCCGCGGUGCUGCUGGAGCAGGAGCGGCAGCAGGAGAUGGCCAAGCUGACCCCCCCCGCCCCCCGCGCCCCCCCCGAGGGGACCCCCAUGGCCGCCAGGGCCCCCCUGGCCCCCCGAGGCAGCCCCAUGGGAGCCCCCCUGGCCAUGGGAGCCCCCCGGCCCCGCGGGCCCCCCCCGCCCCCCGGAGACGACAGCAGAGAGGCCGAGGAGCCCGGGGUGGGCCCCAAGAUCCCGCAGGCUCUGGAGAAGAUCCUGCAGCUCAAGGAGAGCCGGCAGGAGGAGCUGGUGGGCGUGCCGGGGCUCUCGGCCGAGGACGAGAUGGAGACGGAGCUCCGGGCGUCGGCGUCGGCCUCCGAGGCUGAGGAGGACACGGGGACGUCCAAGAAGGAGCGGAACCGGAAGCGGCGGAACCGCAAGAAGAAGAAGCGGGGGAGGGGCGGGGCCCGCGAGGGGGCAGCAGCGCCCCUCCCCCCCCGGGGGGACCCCGAGCCCGGGCCCGAGGUGGAGAUCGAGUACGUGAGCGAGGAGCCCGAGAUCUACGACCCCAACUUCGUCUUCUUCAAGAGGAUCUUCGAGGCCUUCAAGCUGACGGACGAGGUGAAGAAGGACAAGGAGAAGGAGCCGGAGCGGGCGGAGCGGCCGGAGAGCGCGGGGGUGCCCCGGAAAAAGGGACCCGAGGAUGGCACCAGGGGCAGCGACGGGGACAGCUCUGAGGACGAGCAGGAGAAGAAGCAGGAGGUCCCCAAGCUGUCCAAGAAGAAGUUGCGGCGCAUGAACAGGUUCACGGUGGCCGAGCUGAAGCAGCUGGUGGCCCGCCCCGACGUGGUGGAGAUGCACGACGUCACCGCGCAGGACCCCAAGCUGCUGGUGCACCUCAAGGCCACGCGGAACUCGGUGCCGGUGCCGCGGCACUGGUGCUUCAAGAGGAAAUACCUGCAGGGCAAGAGGGGCAUCGAGAAGCCGCCCUUCGAGCUGCCCGAGUUCAUCAAGCGCACGGGAAUCCAGGAGAUGAGGGAGGCGCUGCAGGAGAAGGAGGAGCAGAAGACCAUGAAGUCCAAGAUGAGGGAGAAGGUGCGGCCCAAGAUGGGCAAGAUCGACAUCGACUACCAGAAACUGCACGACGCCUUCUUCAAGUGGCAGACCAAGCCCAAGCUGACCAUCCACGGGGACCUCUACUACGAGGGGAAGGAGUUCGAGACGCGGCUCAAGGAGAAGAAGCCGGGAGACCUCUCGGACGAGCUGAGGAUCGCGCUGGGCAUGCCCGUGGGGCCGAACGCGCACAAGGUGCCCCCCCCCUGGCUGAUCGCCAUGCAGCGCUAUGGGCCCCCCCCCUCGUACCCCAACCUCAAAAUCCCGGGGCUCAACUCCCCCAUCCCCGAGGGCUGCUCGUUCGGGUACCACGCCGGGGGCUGGGGGAAGCCCAGGGGU